GGCAACAGCAGCUUCCCGGGUUCGAUUCCGACCUUUGGCCCUUUGCUGCAUGUAUUCCCGCACUCACUCUGCCCCCUUUCACAGCUAGCUCUCUGUCUAUCAAAUAUAAAGACCAACAAGCCCCAAAAAUGUAAGUGCGUUAUAAUAUAAUACUUAAUAAUCUCGGUCCUCUCUAAUUAAUAUCUCAGCGGCCUCUGAGCUCCAGCAUCAAGAGCAGGAAGGUGGUCUCCAUCUCGCCCACAGCAAAGGCGACGUUUCUGCCCCAACACUACGGCACCAUGGGCAGCUUCGAUACCCUCAUGGCGGAGCUGACGCUGCACCACCCAAAUGUCGGGAGGCCGAGGAUUGUCGAUGCUCUGGGAGAACUGAGGGCCAAGCACCAGGGGCUCCUCAGUGGCCUGCCCCUCAGGAGGAUCAGGGAGAUGAUGUCGGAGCUUCUGACCAGGCCAGAGAACGUCCCGUAGUUAUGAGGAAGCAUGAGGAAGCAGAAGCAGGUUCCAUGAUUUUUCUUUGUUUAAAAAAGCAUCUCAACCCCUCAGGGUUAUUUUUACAACUCAAAAAUCACAAGGAAAGGGGAAGUAAUGAAUCUGAAAUCUCUGACAUGUCAGCUGAAAAAGUUCUGUUUACCUAAGAAACUAGUUCUCAAAUGUUAGUUUAUUAGAGCGUCUGUGUUCAGGAAGCAUCAGAUUGUUUUUGAUUGUUCUUCAGUGCUGAGUUCAUGUAGCUACAAGUUCAAGUUUGAGGUUUUCACACAGUGCCUACAUCUGUUUAAGAUUCUGUCUCAUUUGUUUGUAGAGAUUUGUAAAAUGGUUCAUAAGGUUGCUCUCUGUGGUACAUGCAGCGGUUUUGUUACGUUCCAUCAAUGAAAAGGAUGCAAAUAGAAAAAGUAUUUUUGUUGUGAUUCAUCUAUGUUUGAUUUAGAGGAGACAUUUCUGCUCAUAUCCAGGUCGUCCAUUUUACUUUUAAAUGUUUUCAUGCUCUGUCCAGAAAACACUGUCCUCACUCUGUCCAUUGCUGCAGCUCCUCUUUUCAGCCUCUGUCUUAGACACUUGGUUUGAGCUCCUGACUCUAAUAAAGCGUAUGUUUUCUUAAUUUGCUCAGAAUUCUUCUAUUUGCAUGUAUUUUUCUAUUUGCACGUGUUUUCUUUAUUUGCAUGUGUUUUCUUGAUCCGCACAGGUUUUGUUGUUUUCUUCAUUUGCAGUGCGUUGAGCUCUCUCGGCCACCGUACCUCUGCAGGGUGUCAGCCACAACAUGGAGCCCACAGUUCUGCAGGCAGCGAAGGAGUUAAUGUAAUCUCUGGAUGUGGAGGGGCGGAGAUUGCAGCUGGGAGUCGAACUGGUCAAACGAGCAGAAAUCCGUGUUAGAAAGUCGCUGCCGGAGUUCCUGUUUCUCUUGAGGCCCCUUCUGGAGUUCAGGUCUCCUCCGUGUUUGGAACAACAUGAACCCGGCGGAGGAGAAGCCGUGGAGCCGUCGCCAGAGUCUCCGGGUGAAGUAGUGGAGACGUGGAAGUCUGCGGAGGAUUUUUCCCGACAACACUUCACCGACAAACGGAUGAUUGCUCCGGUGUUCACUCUUCGUCAUGAGCGCAGAGCCGUGGAGCUGCAGGAGGACCCGCACGCGCGUCACUGUCAUGGUUUUCACGCAUCGUCCAAUCCAACGAGGGGUCUGAUGGGAAAGUAAUUAAAGCUCGUGUCAGGCAGAGAUACACAUCAGAGAUUUCACCAACACGCCGAGUGGCACCAUGCGCAGCAGCCCGGGGACGUGGAUGUGGCGCGCGGCUCUGUGCUGCGCGCUCCUGCAGACCUUUACGCACACGGUCCGAGGUCUCAACAUGUGUAUGAGUGGCAGUGCUACGUCCUGUGAAGAAUGUCUCCUGAUUCAUCCCAGUUGCGCCUGGUGCGCACAAGAGGAUUUUGGGAGGGGGCGGACUCUAACGUCACGGUGCGAUUUCCGUCACAACUUGGAGAAGAGGGGCUGCGAGGCUCGGUCCAUCGAGUUCCCCACCAGCAGCUUCUCAAUCCUGCAGAACAGACCCCUGAGUUCUAAAGGCUCCGGGCCCACCCAGUUCGAUGUCGUUCAGAUUAUGCCUCAGAAAAUCUCCCUCAGCCUGCGGCCAGGAGACCAGACGUGGUUUGGCCUGCAGGUGCGGCAGGUGGAGGACUACCCGGUGGACCUCUACUACCUCAUGGACCUCUCUCUGUCCAUGAAAGAUGAUCUGGUCACCAUCCGCAAUCUGGGCACCAAGCUGGCCCAGGAGAUGGGAAAGCUCACCAGCAACUUCCGGCUGGGCUUUGGCUCCUUUGUGGAUAAAAACAUGUCCCCGUUUUCCUACACGGCGCCCAAGUAUCAAGAGAAUCCAUGUAAUGGAUACAAGCUCUUCCCCAACUGUGUCCCCACCUUCGGUUUCCGCCACAUCCUCUCGCUGACGGACAAAGUGGACCGCUUUAACGAGGAGGUGCAGAAGCAGAUGGUGUCUCGCAACCGGGACGCACCGGAGGGCGGAUUUGACGCCAUCCUGCAGGCUGCGGUUUGUAAGGAGGAAAUAGGUUGGAGGAAGGGGGCGUACCACCUGCUGGUGUUUGCCACAGACGACGUCCCUCACCUCGCUCUGGACGGGAGGCUCGGAGGCCUCGUCCAGCCUCACGAUGGACGGUGCCACCUCAACGACAGGAACGAGUACAGCGCCUCCACAAAGAUGGAUUAUCCCUCUCUGGCUCUUCUGGGAGAGAAACUGGCAGAAAAUAACAUCUUUCUCAUCUUCGCAGUCACAAAGCGGCUCUACGUUAUUUAUAAGAACUUUACUGCACUCAUCCCUGGAACCACCGUUGAAAUCCUGGAUCAGGACUCCAAGAACGUCAUUCAGCUGAUCAUCGCAGCCUACAAUGGGUGA